ACGUGUGAAACAAGUUUCUAAGAAAAAAAGUUUGACAAGUCUAGUGCAGACAGUUGAAGACCACCCCCGAAAAGAGUAGUAAAAUCCAAAGUACGUUUACUACCCUUGUUGAACUUCAACAGCAACAGCAAAAUGGAGGGGAUUACGCAGAAAGUCAUGACAGCCUUCAGUCUUGAUAUUGGACCUUUGAAGGAACCCCUGGGGUUUAUUCGAGUUCUCGAGACGAUUUUUUCCAUAUUUGCAUUUGCAACGACUGGUGGCUACUCUGGAGAGACCCGCUUUAAUGUGCAGUGCAAGGGACUACCCAAACCCGACGAGGUUCUCGCCACAUUUACCUACCCCUUCAGGCUGAUGAGCCAGCCAUACUUAGUCCCAACCUGCUUGAAUGCCUCUGCCGUCACCACCCCCGCCAGCUCUACUCCACAUUACCUGUCAGGAAACUACUCCUCAUCUGCUGAGUUCUUUGUCUGCAUUGGAGUGUUUGCCUUUCUAUACAGCAUAGCUUCCCUGGUCAUUUACCUUGGCUAUCAGCAGCUGUACAGAGAGACAAGCCGUGGCCCAAUUGUGGACCUGCUGGUGACUGGUGCAUUUGCUUUCCUGUGGCUGGUGUGCUCUUCUGCUUGGGGUAAGGGCCUCACUGAUAUCAAGUUCGCCACCAGUCCGUCUACUCUGGUCACCAUCCUCAGUGUGUGCAAGGAAGGGAACACCUGUACACCAGGUGCCAUCCCGCACAUGGGACGCCUCAAUGCCUCAGUGACCUUUGGCUUUCUUAACCUCAUCCUAUGGGCUGGAAACUGUUGGUUCAUCUUCAAAGAAACACCCUUCCACAAGCCAACUGCAGCUCCCCCUGCUGAUAACCCAGAGGCAGGAGAGCAACCUUUCCCUGGACGGUAGAAAUAUCUGUGUUGGCUUUCAGAUUUACUAUGUCAGGUGAAAUAAAAUAGCUUAUAUUGGCAAUACCUAUCCAUUUUACUUAUGAAUGUCAGAUGUGAGAACGUUCUGUAGAAGGAAUUGUUAUUGGAUUGGUUUCAUGAACGUAUUGAAAGUUGAAAUAGCAGAUUCAAGCAAAAAGUUUUUGCUUUAAAGUGAUUUUUUUUUUUUUUU